UAGAAUAUCAUCAGAAAAAACCUCAAGAAAUUUUCAUUUUCUUGAUUUUGCUAUCCUUCUUUAUACUACAAAAUGUCCUCCACACAAGUUAUGGAUCCUCUACAGCAACCACCACCAAUGGUUUUGAACCCGAAACCUUAUUCGGAUCAUCGAGAUCACGGGUUGGUUGGACCAGUGAUCGGUGUAUUAGUAGCGAUAGCUUUUCUAGGAGCAAUUGCUGUGAUGAUAGGUAAGAUAUGUUCGGGUCGUGGGAUAAUGGGUCGUGGUUACUAUGACAUUGAAGGAUGGGUUGAGACCAAGUGCGGGUCUUGUAUUGAUGGACGGGUUGACCCGCCAUGUCCCCAGGUGACUGGUUCACCGCCGGUGGUGGCGGAGAGCGGUGGGUCUGGCACUGUUUCCCCUGUGCCGGAGGAGGAGGUGGAAUCAAGAGAAGAAGAGGCGUCUGAUCAACAAAGUACUACUAAUAUGCAUGAGCAUAUACAAAGGUCGGUUUAAAAUUUUAAUUCUAUGAGUUCAAUAUUUAAAGUUUAUAGUACUGAAUCUACUAUGGUAAUUUUUAUAAAUUUAUGCUUCGCAAUAAAAAUAUUGCCUUCAGUUGAAACCGGUAUGCUUCACCUGCCUCCGAGCAUAUAUCCUGUAUCCACAUGAGAAAAGCUAGCUGAUGAUCAAGUCUUGAAAAGAGUGGCUCACACUAUGGUUUUCUUUUUUAUUUCUUUAAUAA